GCAGCCUGUUCCCCAAACCUGGCAUGCUGUUUGACAUACCGGCAUAUACCACAUGUGCUGCCUAAAUAUUCUUAUUUACACACGCUUUAACUCAAAUAAAUUUAUUUUUAAAAGGAAAGUGUAGUGUGUUACUCCCAUAAAUGAAGACCCAGAAUCACUUGCCAUAAAGAGAAAAUAACCAUAAAAAUAAAUGCAGUGAAAUCAAACAAUGUCAUUAAAUUCUAGCUGGAUUCUCUUGCCUGCCUAUGUCCCAAGUCAAAUGCCUUAGCUCUCUUUGUAAAAAGGGAAGAUUCACCAGUGUUGGGGAGGUGAUAAAGACCAAUAGUACCUCCCUGAUACUUUCUCCCUGAAGCGAUCAGAAGGAAAAAGAAAGGACAAGGGAUCUUACUGUGGGCUUCAAGGUGAACCACCUGAUAUGUUCUUGUACCCCUGGUGGGGUUCACCCCAUGUGGCGAGGUAGUCUGGGUUUCAGUGAAUGUUGAUGUCUGUUGGCUUCUCCAAAGGGUACUCAACCCAUAAAGGGUUAAGGACUUUUCCUAGAGGCAAGUGCCUUUUCCAAGGACAGUAGGAAGGGGGAAGCGGGGGUACCUCAGAGAGUCAGAGCAUUCAAGGAAGCAAUAGGAGAGGACCCCACAACAUGCCCAGACAGAGAGCCAUCUGCCUGGAUGGAGGUGUCCUGCGCAGAAGUGUCCACUCUGUGUGACUGUUGAGCAUUUAAAUGUGACAAGUGCAGCUGAGAACCUGAAUUUUUAAUUUAUUUAAACUUAGUCACAUGGACAGCACAGCUUUAGAGCUUCCUUUUGUGGCUCUGUGCUGUUUCUCUGACCAGAGUCUGCCGAUUCAUAGUUUCCAGCCAUGGGAGGGAAGGACGGGCCUCUCUAAAAGCAGCGGUGUGCACAGCACAUAGCAACAUGCAAAACACUUGUCUCCUCUGCUGCCCCUCUCAUAGCAACCCUGGGAAUAGCUGGCGUGGCCAUCCCCUUUUACAGAUGAGGAAACUGAGGCUUAAAGGCCAUGAGAUGGGGAGGCCAGGAUGCAGAGGAUGGCCACGCUUGCCACCUCCCAUCCCACCUCUUGGCUCUGCAUGGACCUGCAACAGCUUUGCAUCUUCCCAUUCCCCUGCUUGGCCCAAGGACCCUGCACCUUGGUGUGGAGCCGAUAAGUCGGGUAGAGAUACAUGCUCCUGUCACAGCCCCUCAUCUCCUCCUCACCUCAUCCCCGAUGCUGUAGGAGGUCCUGUAGGUCCAUGGCCUCUCUUCCUACAAGGAACAAAUCUGUACAGUCAGAGGCCAAAGACUUGUCUCUUUCUCUUGCUUCCCACCUUGAAGACGAUCCUGCAUGAGAAGGGCAGGCCAGGGUACAGGCCAGCUUUGGAGCCCAUGUGUGGUCUCUGUUUUUUCCUUCCACUCUUUCCCACCUCCCCAGACAUAAAUGCUCCUGAUCUGUCCUCAGGGUUAAGAGGUAGGGUGGGUAAAGGGAGAGGAGAGAGACUGAUUAAUAUAUCCACAGCCAGAUUGUUGGGUGGAUUAAUACAUACCCUCCCUAUCUUCCAUCCUUCCCCCAUAUUCCCACCUCAGCCUUUUCCACAUGUGUGAGGGUAGCCCAAACAAGGCGGUGCUUAACUCAGAGUCCACCUGGCUUGAGGCUGGUGGAAUUCUUAGCCUGAGAUGGAGAGAGGUUUUUGGUUGGAGAAAGGUUUUUAGUUUCCAUGCUGCCAAGGCGACCACCCUCCUCCCUGGGCUCAAUAAGCUGAACUUGUUACCCAGGCAAGGGUUUCCUAGAUAUUUAAUGACUCCCAGGUACAAGGGCUGGGCCCAGUGGAGGGACUGGUCCUCCUGUCAUCAUGCAGAUCCUGCCUGCCCUUUCUUGUCUUCCCUGGUCAUCUCUGCUCAUAGCAUAAUUUCUGUAACCAAAAAAAGAAAAAACAACCCUGUUCUUUAUUGAAUGUUUGACACGUGACAGGCACUGUUAUGUGCUUAAUGUGUGUAAUGCAUUAAUAACUCUCAGAAGAGGAUGCUUUUAUUCUCAACUUACAGGUGAAGACUCAGGAGCUUUUGUAACUUUCCCAAGUCCUCCUGAUGCUCAGGACAGAAUGGAAGAAUCUCACAGAAGGACCUGUGAGAUUGCAGGGUCCUUAGCAUCAUGCUGUAUGCACCAGAGAGCGCCACCAUCUCACCCAACCUUUUCUCUGUGUUCAUUCUCCUUCCGGCCCUGAGCACUGGGCCCCCGGGCCCCAUCCAUCCAUCACUGUAGCAGAUAUUUGUAGAUCACCAUGAAUGCCAGUGCCUGGGGUCACCAUUAUACAAAAAGGAAAAGAAAGUGCUUGUGGAGUAGCUCCAUAUCCCUUAGUGCUCACCUGCUUGGGGAGAUGAUGGGAAAAAACUGUGAUUUUCUUCUCCUGGUGCCCCCAUACUCUCUGCUUUGGCUCACUCAACUCUUAGUCUUCACUUUUCCAUCCACUGGAAUCUGAGAAGCAGCUUGUAAGGAAGAGAGGCUUAUUUUCUGGGACCAGGGUGGGGGACGGACGGAAGUUCGGGGCACUAAGGUAGAGGCUUGGCAAGCUAUGAUGUGACAGUGUGAUGAAUGGGACUUAGGGUUCAGGGAUGGGGGAGACAUUGCUCAAGCCCAAAAAAGGAAAAUGCACUUGUGUGCACUUGCCUGUAAUCAUAGAUUCCUCUGAGGGCACCAGAUUACUGGAACAUGUGUUUUGUGAAUUGUUGGAACAAUUGGAAGUAUGUUGAGCACCUGCUCGGACCAGUGCUGGCAGAUGCAAGGGUAUCCGGAUAGGACGUGCUCGAGGAGGUCAGGGUGCGGAGGGCAUUGCAGACAGAAGCAGAUAACUCUGAGUGUGGGUACCGUGUUGGAGAUGGAUAUAAGCAGGAUGGGAACACAGAAGAGAUAUGCCUCACUCAUCCCUGGAGGUGAGAGAAAACUGGGAAUGGCUUCCUUAAAAGAGGGUGCCCAAGCUGAGUCUUCGGGAAUGAUAUGCCAACAGCAGUCUUGAUGCCAGCAAUCUUUCCUCUUUGUGCCACCUCGUCUAGUGCUCUGCAAGACCAUCUACACUGGGAUGACUAGGAGAAUGCUAUGCUUUCUACACUUUUGUCAUUUCCUGCCUAGACUUUGUGGUCUGGGAACUAUUUCUGGAACUUUCUUUGAUUCUUUUGUUGAUCCAGGAUGUUCGUUCUCAUUGACUUGAUGGUUCCCAAAGCCAGGAAAUCACUCACAUGAUGUUCCUCAAAGUGAGUCUCCAUUCAGGGAUCCCUGCUCCAUCACGGGGUGGAGUUGCCCUGCCUUGGCGUCCUGUCCUUAGAAAGUAUUCUGUCCACAUCAUUGCAGAAAAGAUACAGUCCAACUGAUCUAAGCCCAGCUGGAGCCACAUUCCUCUUUGCAGACAAGGCAUUCAGAGUCUGUGCUCUCUCUCCCUUUCAUCCUUCUGUUCUUUCAUCGCCUACCCACCCACUUCCUUUCCAGGGGUCAGCCCGUAUUCUGUCACCAGCAUGGGUGAUGCUCCGACAGGCCUUAGGAUGGCCAAGUCCUGAGCCCGAGGCACUGACAUGCUGUCUGCUGGAAUGACCAGGGACACUGCAUCUUCAUGCUGAGCAAAAAGCCUGUAUUCCAGAGGCAACUGGGAAGACAGCAGGCCCCACAGAUUAACAGCAUCAUGGUCAUCAGCUCGCAGAAGGGGAGCUCUGUGGCCAGCCUCAGAGAAGAGGGCAGGAUGCUGGGCAUGCCUAUGUUUCAGAUGAGUUAAAGGCUGCUGCCCUGGUAGACGAAGACAUAGACCCAGAAGAGAGCCCUGCAGAUGGAGAGCCGUCGGCUAAGUACAUGUGCCCGGAAAAGGAGCUCAAUAAGACCUGCCCGAGCUACCAGAACUCCCCGGCGGCCGAGUUUUCCAGCCACGAGAUGGACAGCGAGUCCCACAUCAGUGAGACCAGUGACCGGAUGGCCGACUUUGAAAAUGGCUCCAUCAAGAACGAAGAGGAGACCAAGGAGGUGACCGUCCCGCCAGAAGACACGACCAUAUCUGACAGCCUGGAGCAGAUGAAGGCCGUGUACAACAACUUCCUCUCCAACUCCUACUGGUCCAACCUCACCCUCAACCUGCACCAGCCGUCCUCGGAGAAGAACAACGGGAGCAGCAGCAGCAGCAGCAGUAGCAGCAGCAGCUGUGGCAGCGGGAGCUUCGACUGGCACCAGAGCGCCAUGGCCAAGACCCUGCAGCAGGUGUCCCAGAGCCGCAUGCUGCCUGAGCCCAGCCUGUUCAGCACGGUGCAGCUGUACCGGCAGAGCAGCAAGCUCUACGGCUCCAUCUUCACCGGGGCCAGCAAGUUCCGCUGCAAAGACUGCAGUGCCGCCUACGACACUCUGGUGGAGCUGACGGUGCACAUGAACGAGACGGGGCAUUACCGCGACGACAACCAUGAGACCGACAACAACAACCCCAAGCGCUGGUCCAAGCCCCGCAAACGCUCGCUGCUGGAAAUGGAGGGCAAGGAGGAUGCCCAGAAGGUGUUGAAGUGCAUGUACUGUGGCCACUCGUUCGAGUCCCUCCAGGACUUGAGUGUCCAUAUGAUCAAAACGAAACACUACCAAAAAGUGCCUCUGAAGGAACCCGUCACUCCCGUUGCAGCCAAAAUCAUCCCAGCCACUCGGAAGAAGGCCUCGCUGGAGCUGGAGCUGCCCAGCUCCCCAGAUUCCACCGGCGGCACCCCCAAAGCUGCCAUGGUGGACACAAACGAUGCGCUUCAGAAGAACUCCAACCCGUACAUCACGCCAAAUAACCGCUAUGGCCACCAGAACGGGGCCAGCUAUGCCUGGCACUUCGAGGCCCGCAAGUCCCAGAUCCUCAAGUGCAUGGAGUGCGGCAGCUCGCACGACACACUGCAGGAGCUCACGGCCCACAUGAUGGUGACCGGCCACUUCAUCAAGGUCACCAACUCGGCCAUGAAGAAGGGGAAGCCCAUCAUGGAGACGCCCGUCACGCCCAGCAUCACCAGCCUGCUGGACGAGAAGGUGCAGUCCGUGCCCCUGGCUGCUACCACCUUCACAUCCCCCUCCAACACGCCCGCCAGCAUCUCCCCAAAACUGAACGUGGAGGUCAAGAAGGAAGCGGACAAGGAGAAAGCUGUCCUCGAAGAGAAGCCUAAGGAAAAAGAGAAGGCCUGCGAGGAGGAGGAGAAGUAUGAUAUCUCUUCCAAGUACCACUAUUUGACUGAGAACGACCUCGAAGAGAGCCCCAAGGGCGGGCUCGAUAUCCUUAAGUCCCUGGAAAACACAGUCACGUCGGCCAUCAACAAGGCCCAGAAUGGCACCCCCAGCUGGGGGGGCUACCCCAGCAUCCACGCCGCCUACCAGCUCCCCAACAUGAUGAAGCUGUCUCUGGGCUCCGCAGGGAAAAGCACACCCCUGAAGCCCAUGUUUGGCAACAGUGACAUCGUGUCCCCCACGAAGAACCAGACCCUGAUCACUCCACCCAGCAGCCAGACCUCCCCCAUGCCCAAGACAAACUUUCACGCCAUGGAGGAGCUGGUGAAAAAAGUCACCGAGAAAGUUGCCAAAGUCGAGGAGAAAAUGAAGGAGCCUGAGGGCAAGCUUUCUCCACCCAAGCGGGCCACCCCAUCCCCGUGCAGCAGCGACAUCAGCGAGCCCAUCAAGAUGGAGGCAUCCAGCGACGGCGGCUUCAAAAGCCAGGAGGACAGCCCCAGCCCCCAGCGGGAUGGCUGCAAGGAGGGGAGCCCCCUGGCAGAGCCGGUGGAGAACGGCAAGGACCUGGUGAAGCCCAUGAGCAGCGGCCUGAGCAGCAGCACGGCCAUCAUCACCGACCACCCACCAGAGCAGCCCUUCGUUAACCCUCUGAGCGCCCUGCAGUCGGUGAUGAACAUCCACCUGGGCAAGGCCGCCAAGCCCUCCCUGCCUGCGCUCGACCCCAUGAGCAUGCUUUUCAAGAUGAGCAACAGCCUGGCCGAGAAGGCGGCGGUGGCCACCCCACCACCCUUGCAGUCCAAGAAGGCAGACCACCUCGACCGCUAUUUCUACCACGUCAGCAACGACCAGCCCAUAGAUUUGACGAAAGGCAAGAGUGACAAAGGCUGCUCUUUGGGCUCAGCGCUUUUGUCACCCACGUCCGCAUCCCCGGCAACCUCCUCAUCCACGGUGACAACGGCAAAGACAUCUGCCGUCGUAUCAUUCAUGUCAAACUCGCCGCUACGCGAGAACGCCUUGUCAGAUAUAUCCGAUAUGCUGAAGAACUUGACAGAGAGCCACACGUCAAAGUCCUCCACCCCUUCCAGCAUCUCUGAGAAGUCUGACAUUGACGGAGCCACCCUGGAGGAGGCCGAGGAGGCGACGCCCGCGCAGAAGAGGAAGGGCCGCCAGUCAAACUGGAACCCCCAGCACCUGCUCAUCCUCCAGGCGCAGUUCGCCGCCAGCCUCCGGCAGACCUCGGAGGGCAAGUACAUCAUGUCGGACCUGAGCCCCCAGGAGCGCAUGCACAUCUCCAGGUUCACCGGGCUCUCCAUGACCACCAUCAGCCACUGGCUGGCCAACGUCAAGUACCAGCUGCGAAGGACAGGUGGAACAAAGUUCCUCAAAAACUUGGACACCGGCCACCCUGUGUUCUUUUGUAACGACUGCGCGUCACAAAUCAGGACUCCCUCCACAUACAUCAGCCACCUCGAGUCACACCUGGGCUUCCGGCUACGGGAUUUGUCCAAACUGUCCACUGAACAGAUUAACAAUCAGAUAGCACAAACCAAGUCACCGUCAGAAAAACUGGUGACGUCCUCCCCCGAGGAGGACCUGGGGACCUCCUACCAGUGCAAACUUUGCAAUCGGACCUUUGCAAGCAAGCAUGCGGUUAAACUUCACCUCAGCAAAACACACGGGAAGUCCCCUGAGGACCACCUUCUGUAUGUUUCUGAGUUAGAGAAGCAGUAGCGUUUGCUUUUGAUUAAAGUGACUGUAAUUCGCUUUGAGGGAAACUGUUGCAGGCACCUUAAGGCCCCUCUGUCUUGUUCUUGGCACAUGUUCUUAUUUUAACUGCAGAGAAUCACUCUGGGCUGGACUGUUUUGUAUAACUGUACAGUGUUUAAUAGAGGUGCAUACUCAGCUGUUGUUACUGGUAAAAUAUGAAGGUUAAAACGCAGUGGUAAGUGUUUGGAACUUUGUGUAAAUGGGAUUUAGUUGUGAGCAUCCCCUGAUGCUUCAAGCUGCAUGCAUUAACAGACAGUUUAAUUAAGCAUUUAUGACGAAACCGGGCACACUUUUCCACACGGCUCAAGUGUGCUGGCAUUUUUCACCCUUUCAUCUUUAGCCCUCUGAGUACUUUGAAGCACUUUUGCAUUAAUUUGGUUAAAAAAUAAAAUAAUAAUAAUAAUGUAUGAAGCUCUGUUUUUUAAACUCCUUACCAGCUUAGUUAUAAUUAAUAAUAUGAACCUCCAUUUAUGCAGGUCUGCAGGGGUAUAACACGCCUUGAAAUUUAAAAGAAUAUUAUUUUCACAUUGAAACAUAGAUGUAUAUAUUGUAUAGAUUUCAGACUCUCUUAUGAAAAAUGUGAUUGUGGGUAAAUGACCUUUUUUCUUGCAUUUAUAGCAACAGUGUUUUAUGUACCUGCUAUGCUCUGGGCAUAAGCCGUGCCUAUGUAUAGUGUAUAUUUCUUUUUCUUUUUUUUUUAAGGUCUAUGGGUUUUGUUUUUUACAUGCAAACAUUGUAAAUUAUACAGAAGAUACCACAGAUAGCAUUUAUAAAGUAUACAGAAACAUUAUCUGAAAGCAAAGUAUGAUUGUUUGUUUUGCUAUACAGUACAUCUAUAUUGAUAGAGGUUCACAUUUAAAUUAUACAUAUUUAUUAGCAUCAUAUUAUCAUUUGUUUUGAGCAGUCUGAAUAAACGAGGCCAGGAGAUCCAUCCAUGGCAGGCAUCAUAACUAUUUUGCACAUUAUUUUUAAAGGUAUUUAUUAGAAAUCAAAAAAAAAAAAAAAAAAACACGCUCAAAAUAAACUCAGUGCUCAAAGGGUUAAGUCUAUUUGAAAAGGAAAAAAAAAGAACAAAAAAAAAAGAGAGAGAGAGAGAACUUGUACUGUAUUUCCUAAACAUUGAUAAAGCCUUUAAAAUGUUUGUACUGUAAUACUUUGCUUAAAAGUCACGAGGCAUUCUGUGAUACAACCUCUUUUACUUAUUUAUAAGCCCUCUUGGUUGCUAUUCCAUAUUGUAGGAAGCCUUUUUAUUUCAAUUGGUAACUUUCUGUUUUGUUCUUCCUAAUUAUUCUCCCAAGAUCCCACACUGCAGCUUUAUCUUUAGGCUUAUGAAAGGUAACCCGUGGUUACCGGCUCUCCAAGUGAUUCUGUUCUUCUCCAUUUUUGGCAGUUAAUUUGCAGAAGUAACUGACAGCUGACACCAUAUGAGAACCUAUGUAUAAAAUAUUGGCAUGUAAACAGCACAGACACUCUGUGCCCUGUUUUGUUGUUGACAAUGAACCACCAUUAUGUGACUCUUCAUAUAACCCUCUUUUCUACGGCAGCAUUAAAAUUGUCUUUUUGCUAUAA